AUGGCCGGAUUCCCUUCCGGUAUUGAUCAGUCUCAGCUGACCUACUGCCAAAGACAAAUCAAGACCAGAGGGAUACAGAAGGACCCGCGCGAGGUAUGCAGCAGUCUCAGCCAACCAAGGCCGACCACCGGGUACAGGGAUUGUCUGAGGUCUGAGGACGGCUCUGGUGCGCCAGUCAGCAGAACCUGA